GUUCCCAAAUUGUGUUACUAUGCCACUAUUUGGAUCAUCUAAGAAAAGCCCUGUUGAGUUGGUCAAAAUUGCCACAGAUGCCCUUAAUACCUUAGAAAAGGAGCCACAAGGAAGUAAAAAGGCUGAAAAGGCAUUAGAGGAGAUUUCAAAGCAGUUUGGAGCAAUGAAGGUCAUUUUGCAAGGGACAGGAGAUCAGGAGCCACAAACUGAAUUGGUUGCUCAACUUUCCCAAGAGUUCUACAAUGGCAACAUAUAUACUGUUUUGCUUAACAAUUUAGCCAAGUUGGACUUUGAGUCCAAAAAAGAUGCUGCCCAGAUAUUCAACAAUAUCUUGAGAAGACAAAUAGGAACACGACACCCGACUGUGGAAUAUAUGUGCAGUAAUGAAUCGUUGUUGUUCAUUCUCGUUAAGGGAUAUGAAACUCCAGAGAUCUCUUUAAACUGUGGUGUAAUGCUGAGAGAGUGUUUGAGACAUGAGCCAUURGCAAAGAUUGUUAUACAAAAUGAUAAGUUCUAUGACUUCUUUAGUUAUGUGGAGACAUCUACAUUUGAUAUUGCAUCAGAUGCAUUCUCAACUUUCAAGGACCUUCUAACAAGGCACAAGAUAACAUGUGCAGAGUUCCUUGAUAAGAAUUAUGAUAAGUUUUUCAACCAUUAUAAAGGCCUCCUGCACUCUGAUAACUACGUAACAAAACGGCAGUCUUUAAAGUUGUUAGGUGAGCUUCUUCUUGACAGACACAACUUCACAGUCAUGACUAGGUACAUUAGUAACCCUGAAAACCUUAAGCUUAUGAUGAACUUGCUACGGGACAAGAGUAGAAACAUCCAGUUUGAAGCUUUCCAUGUAUUCAAGGUAUUUGUUGCAAAUCCAAAUAAAACUCCUGCUAUUCUUGAAAUACUACUAAAGAAUAAGGAAAAACUGGUGGAAUUCCUCACCAACUUCCAUACUGAUAGAACAGAGGAUGAACAGUUCAAUGAUGAAAAGACAUAUUUAAUAAAACAGAUAAAAGAACUUCAAGCACCACCUUAAGACCAGUCUAAGAGAUGUCCAACAGUGUAUCUAAUAUACAUUAUUUUUUUUACCUUGAAUUCAAUACUGGAGUGCACAGCACYAAAGGAACAAGGACGUGAAGGCUUAUCACAGACACUUAUUAAAUGUUCCAUCAAAUAAGAGUUUAAACAAUAAAUUGAUUGUUAAGUUAUCAAUCAAUCCUUUUCUAAUUCAGCUUGGACACAUAUUUGCUGGUGUAGAUGUUAACAAUCAUCCUGCCUGCACCCAAAACCAAAUACUUUAAACAAGUGCAAUGAAAGUCACCUUGAAGUCCCUUAGAUUUUAGGGAAAAUGUGUACUUUGAUUACUAUUCAUUAAAUUCAAUAAUAUUAUUAACAGUUGUAAAGAUAUCUUUAUUAAUGAUUGGUGAUGUAGUGUUAAUGGAUGCUAAAAACAAUGACACAAACACCAGCCCUUGUGGUUUUCCAAUAAUAUUGUUGACAUUUUCAUUCAAAGUUACAUUGAUAAAAGCUAGAAAUAAAAAAAUAUUAAUCUUC